AUGGCGAGUGAGCCCCCCACCCCCCCCGCCCGAGUGACGCGGACCACCGCCCGCCUGACCUCCGGCCCCUGGAAGCGGCCGGCCGCCCCCUCGGCCAGCGGCCCCCCCGGCCCCAGCGCCCUGCCCGGCUGGCCCCGCUUCUGGGAGGGGCAGGAUGUCCUGGCCCGCUGGACCGACGGCCUCCUCUACCUGGGCACCAUCAAGAAGGUGGACCCCCUGCGGCAGGUGUGCCUGGUGCAGUUCGAGGACGACUCCCAGUUCCUGGUGCUCUGGAAGGACAUCAGCCCAGCGGCCGUGCCUGGGGAGGAGGGGUCUUGCUGUGUCUGCCACCUGGAGGACCUGAGCCCGGAGAACCGGCUGGUGAGGUGCGAGAAGUGCAGCCACGCCUACCACCAGGAAUGCCACCUUCCCAGAGUGCUGGCCGAGGGCUCCUGGACGUGCCGCCAGUGCGUCUUCGCUGUGGCCACCAAGCGGGGGGGUGCCCUCAAGAAAGGCCCCUACGCCAAGGCCAUGCUGAGCAUGAAGCUGGUGCUGCCCUACCAGGUCAAGGCCCUGGAGUGGGACGCCGAGCACCUCACCAACCGCCAGCAGUGCUACUGCUACUGCGGGGGCCCUGGCGAGUGGAACCUGAAGAUGCUUCAGUGCCGCCGGUGCGCCCAGUGGUUCCAUGAGGCCUGCACCCAGUGUCUGAGCAAACCCCUGCUCUACGGGGACAGGUUGUACGUCUUCGAGUGCUCCGUGUGCACGGGGGGCCCAGAGACCGUCCGCCGCCUCCCGCUGAGAUGGGUGGACGUGGCCCAUCUCAUUCUCUACCACCUGAGCAUCUGUUGCAAGAAGAAGUACUUCGACUUUGAGCGAGAGAUCCUCCCUUUCGCCAGCGAGAACUGGGACAGCCUACUGCCGGGAGAGCUCUCCGACACGCCCAAGGGGGAGAGGUACAGUCAGCUCCUGAACGCCCUGACGACGCACAAGGACAGGUUCAUCUCCGGGAAGGAGAUCAAGAAGCGCAAGGGCCUCUUCGGGCUGCACCUGCGAGUCCCGCCUCCCGCACCCCACAUCCCAGACGGCGGUGGCGACACCCCCCUCAUCUCAGACAGCAGCUUCCUUUCAGGGCAGGGCAGGUGUGGGAAGGGGCCGGACCGGAGGAGGGCCAGGCAGCAGCACCGCCGCCGCCAGCAGGGGGAGCCCACCCCCAGCGUGGCACAGCGCAGCGCCACCGAGAGGGAGCGGCUGGAGAGGGCCCUCACCCAGGAGGUGGUGCAGAACCCAGUCAGCGCUAACCAGAGCUACGGUGGCUACGGCGGCACCUCCGGCACCUACAACUUCCGCCGCACCGAUGCCCGCUGCCAGGACAGCGCCCCAAUCCGGAUGUUCGCCUCCUUUCAUCCCUCGGCCAACACCGCAGGGACCUUGAGGAGCAGCGGCCCCUCCCUCGACCCCUGCGAUGCAUCCACCUCCACGGAGCACGACAGCCCGGAACCCCCUGCCCCGUUCUCGCCCCUUUCGGCCACCGCCCCCAAGCACCGGGCCCGGCCCCCCGCCGCCUCCACCGCCCUCUGCACCCCCGCAAGCACCCCCUCCACCAGCAGCUACUUUGGAGCCAUGGGACGGCUGGCGCGCGGGGAGGCCGUGCGGAUCCUGGCCAGACGCGUCACCACGGACGGCACCGUCCAGUACCUGGUGGAGUGGGAUGGCGGAGGCAUGUUCUAG